CAGGAGGGGAGUUUGUACCCCCUGCUGCCAAAAAGGGCAGCGCGUAAAAGAGCAGCAAAAAAGUGAUGCAAAAAUUGUCAAAUAUCGGGCGCAUGACGGCGGUGUGGCGAACCCGGUGAGCUUGGCGUUGGUGGUGGAGUGCGGCGUAUGUAAAAGAAAAAAAUAAAAAGGAAAAGAAACCAAAACAAACACGUAGCCGCGUUAAGCAGAGCCGAGGAGGCACGGCGUGCGAGCGCGAUGUCGAGCACCUUGGAGAAGAAGAUUAUGAAUCUGGAGGAGCGGUUGCGAGCGGAGAAUGAGUCGCGGGAGCGGGACAGGCAAGUCGGCAGCGACGUUGGCCCGAGCAUAGGCUUGCACUCUUCGUCGUCAUCGUCGUCGUCGACGACAGUGGCGGCAGGAUCCGCGUCCAGCCCCGCGCCCCGCAGACCACGGCAACUUGUUGGGGAUAUGGGUACUCCGACACGACUUAGAAGACAGCUAGAUCUGCCAGUGUCACAGAUAACACCGCCAAAGAUGCAUGAUAGUGAAGUUGAGUUAAAGCUGCAAGAAAUCAUGAAGAUGAAUGGUAUCCUGAAUAUCAACGGCCAAAGGUAUCAGACGGAUAUGAAAGAUCUGGAGCAUUUGGGUGAACUCGGUAAUGGCACCUGUGGACACGUUGUUAAAAUGAGGCAUAAGCCGAGUGGUGUAAUAAUUGCCGUGAAGCAGAUGCGACGCUCCGGGAACGCGGAAGAAAACAAGAGGAUAAUCAUGGAUCUCGAUGUCGUGCUCAAGUCGCACGACUGUCCAUACAUUGUGCAGUGCCUGGGCUGUUUCAUCACUGAAUCUGAUGUUUGGAUUUGCAUGGAACUGAUGGCGACUUGUCUAGACAAAUUGUUAAAGCGUAGCAGGCAAGCGAUACCAGAAGAUUUUUUAGGAAAAGUUACAGUAGCAACAGUAAAAGCGUUGUCGUACCUGAAAGAGAAGCAUGGUGUAAUACAUAGAGACGUGAAACCUAGUAAUAUAUUACUUGAUGAGACGGGAGGGGUGAAACUUUGCGAUUUCGGGAUUUCUGGUAGACUGGUCGAUAGCAAAGCAAAAACGAGAAGUGCGGGAUGUGCGGCAUAUAUGGCUCCUGAAAGGAUAGAUCCACCAGAUCCUACUAAACCGGAUUAUGAUAUAAGAGCAGAUGUAUGGAGUUUGGGCAUUACUCUAGUGGAACUAGCUACGGGAGUAUUUCCUUAUCGAGACUGCAAGACUGAUUUUGAGGUACUGAGCAGAGUAGUACAAGACGAUCCUCCAUCUCUUCCGGUGGAUGCACUCUUCUCCAAGGAGUUUAGGAGUUUUGUUAGUUGUUGCCUCACUAAGAACUACAAGCACCGGCCAAAGUAUCACAAGCUCAUGGAACAUGCUUUUAUUCGCAAAUAUGACGUUCUACAGGAUGGCGAGACAAAUUCCGCCCUAACAAACUCAGGCUGUCAAUGGUUCGGCAAAGUCAUGCGGCAGUUAGAACCAAGAUUACCAGGAUGUCAGCAGCAGCGAAUUUCGGGUCAUGUAUCCCUGAAACAGACAGCUCAAUUUCGAGCGCAAUCCGAGGUGCCAGCCUUCUUGAGGAGCAAUAUCAGUAGCAGCUUCAGAGAAUCGUCGAAUUGUGGCUUUUUGCCAUUCCAUCAGCGUUCCAAUAGCGAAAAUGGCGCGAACUACGUGCCCUACAGUCCGUACACUCUUCGUCGGAAGGAGAUGGCUCGACCAUUUUCACCGCCAAUAUCUAAAGAUGCGGCGGAUCAGCCGGAGCCGAAUCUGCCGCCGCGACCUUUCUCGCCCUAUCGACAGUACGAACAGAACAUCACCAGGCACGAUUACAACUCCUCGAAUCGCUGCUCGACAACGAACGGUCAAGGUAGACAAGAGACAAUGACGACGACUACGACGACGACGACGACGAGACCGUUCUCUCCUUACAGGACUCAGGAUUCCAGUUUGGACAGCAAUGGUCGACCAUAUUCCCCGUAUCGCAGUAGCCGUUACGAAGAGCAGGAUGAUGGCAACAAAGCGGACCGAUGGCAGGGAGGCGUUUCAAGAUCGUUGAGCCCUUUCACCAGAGACUAUUCGCCCUGGCGACGAGAGAAUGUUGAUCCGCCUGGCGUUAUUCAGCCACCACCUGCUACGUAUGAUAAUAGCGGCCGUUAUUCACCAUUUUUGCAGCGUCUUGCGCAUCCACCGUCACAGCAAUCUGCUGCACUCCAAACUUAUCCUCCACAAACUCAGAAUAUCUACGGUAGUCCGAUGAUCAGUCGCAAGAGAUUUCCUUCGGAGCCACCGCCGCAAGGAUCCCACGGUUCCACUAGUCCACAGUUGUUAAUCUCCCGUUUUGCGCAUCAGUUGAAACAGGAGUCACCGCCGUCAUCAUUGGCGAUGCCUUCGCAGCAGAUUGUUAGCUCAAAGGAGUCCGCGAAGAAACGCUUCGCGUCCUAUGUACGUCUUAGGCUCGGCAGCGAUCGCGCUCCUUCACCGGAACCACCGCCGAGAUUAAGUCGUGGCGAAUCCCCACUUGCUCUUAGAAGGAAUUUAAUUGAACAGGCGUCUCCUUCUUUUCCGCGAAGGUAUGUCUCGCCUUCUCCGCCUCAGCCGCCGCCUAGGAGAUUGUCGGAAAGCAAUUCCGUGCCUGGUAGCCCGCAACACGUGCGAGCUCGUCUGCGUUACACACCCGAACCUCAGAGGAGACCUCCGCCACCAUAACCCACCGCUAUAAUCAUUAAGCCUUAUUAUUCCUUGUUGGUGCCAUAUGUGACUACGGAUACUCGGACGACGAUCACGUGCACCACGUAGUAGCAAAGUGCAUCGUUAUCCGACAACGGUUGCGCGCACAGAGCGAGUUACAGAACGUGUAGACACAGACGUAUAUACAACGUGUUCCGAACAUUAUAAACCAAAAGAAAAACAUACAGAAGAAAUAGAGAAGCGUGUCCUUAAUACUCGAGCCGCCGCGAUUUCGGAGUUGUGCGUGAGUCGAAGAUUUGUACGGAAACGUCGAUUUAGCGUGCGAAACGACUGAAAACGCUGAAAAAUAUUUCAUCUUGAUUUGAUAUUCUCACGCAUUUGGAUUCUCGGACGCUUCGAAUGUGAGAAUUGCCUUGCCUUAAGAUAUACGAGAACUUAUACUAGCUAGUAUAAAUAUUUCAGAUCUUUGAAAGAUUUCCGAGUAUUUCAAAUCGAAGAAUAUUUUCUGAAUUUCUUAUUGCUGUUAGGACUUAGGGAAGAGUGAAACGUCUUUUUCGAAUUUAGAACGCUUCACACGCUAAAGUCGUUGUAAACGUAACUUCUGCACGGUCGAGUAGCCUUUAAAUCGCGUCGACCGUCUCGGUUUAAUCUUGACGUGCAAAUAAUUGGAAUGAAUUAUUUUUUACAAGAUAAAAAAUUGUUGGGGAAAAAAGGAAAAAAUUGCAUAGGUCAAUCCUAAAAAGAAAAAAAGAGAAAUAGUUUUACUACAAAUUCUCGCCGAAUUUUUUUGCCUCAAUUGUUCUUCUAAAAGAAGGAAGCAUUCAAUUAAGAGAGAUUGUUAGGAUUAAUAUUAUAACCGAGAGUGUGUAUGAUCGGCGCCCCGAGACCUGUGUACACACGUUUUACGUACGUGAGGAGAUCAUUCGCGGCGGCGAACGUUCUCGCGACGUUUGCACGACUUUUCUUCGCCGCCGCGAAAUGCGAAUCGAUCUACCUUCAAUAAUUCUUUUCUCGACGUGUAUAUAUAAUACGCAACGAGAAAAAUAUGAUGCUCAACUUUUUAUAUCGUUUGCGUAUUUGAAAAAAAAGUACAGCGACGGAAAAGUGCGGCAUUAAUCGCGAUGUUUUCUACAUCAGCCUCGACACAC